AUGCGCCGCUCAGCACAGAAGAUCGCCGCACCCCUGACCCGCCGCCAGUUGCACACCACAAGGCCACCGACGCCGCGACCCCAGCGAUGUUUUCACCAGAGCACAUACUCGGCCCUUCCCAGGCGCCGGGACUUCUUCACGUCGAACCACCUGCUGGCAAGCAGUGGCGGCAAGGUCGAUGGCACGGACGUGUCGGAAGAGGGCGGAUACGUACAGCGCGCGACACCGUCUGCUGUGAAGCGCAAACCUGCGCGGAUAUCAGCGGUGAAGAAGAAUCUGCGUGCAACGUCCAUGGCCAAGAAGUCUCAGAGAGGCGAGGUCAAGAGUCCGGUAGCUCAAGCUGCCGAAGACGACAGCAACUAUACACACACGAUAAGGGCGAUCAACGUUGCACAGUCGUUCGACAUGGAACUGGUGGAAGAAUCCCUUCGAGGGCACGGCUUUGCCAUCGACCCGGACAAUGCUGGUCUCGACAGCAAUGCCGUCGUCCAUGCCAGGUCAUAUAACAACGGUGACAUCUUUGUAUUCAGUUCGGGUACGGUGGUGUCUUGGUCGGUUCCGGCCGACUCGGUCACGCACAUCGCAACGAAGCAACUGCUCAAUGCUGCGAAUCUUCCACACAUAGAAGACCUCGAAUUUGAGGAUCUCGACUUCGCGGCCGACGAGACGAGGGAUAACAGCUUCAUACGGGGCGAAGAGGUCGUGCUGGGCACGAGGGACCAGUCAGAUGAGGGAAGGCUCGAUCAGACCAUGGCCAAGAUCGCCUUCUCCAUGGGUCUCGCCAGGAGUACGAAACUGGCCGUGUUGGAAAACAAGCUGAACGAGUUCCUGGAGACUGCUCGACCGGUGGCGAGGACCCUGGCUGGUGGCUCAGAGCUGUCGCAGGACCACAAGACAGUGCUCAAGUAUCUGGGUGAGAUUCUUGGUCUGAGAUCACAGCUCAACCACUACUCGGAGCUGACUGAUGACCUGCCCGACAUCUUCUGGGACAAGGAAUCCAAGAUCGAGAAUUAUUACAACGGCAUAAGUAGGAUACUCGACGUCAACCCGCGUAUCCGUCAGCUGAACGCCAGGAUCGACUACGCCUACGAGACAGUCAGUGUUAUGCGAGAGAUGUCCAGUGAAAAGAGGGGCCAUAGACUCGAGUGGAUUAUCAUCGUGCUUAUCUCGGUCGAGGUUCUGUUUGAGCUGAGGAGGAUAUACCGUGAGGAGUUUCAGGAGCAUAGCGACGAGAAGAAUGUAAAAGUAGCUUAG